AAAGUUCGGAAAUGGAGGCAGUACUCUACUUACGGAGGGAGAGAGAGAGCAGAGAAGAGAAGAGAAGCGUGUAGAAAUCGAUGGCGACGAUAGUGCAGUGUCUUUCCUCCUGUGCGGCCCUUGAUUCCAAAUUCAAAGUCCUUUCGCUCAAGGGAAUUUCUUCUUCUUUUUCUUCCGCGUCAGCAUCAUCUUCAUCCUCUUCCUUCUCCACUCGUCGCGGUUCGUCGGCUACUUUAGGCUCCUCCCUUAGCUACUCUCAGAGCGUUUCUCAAUGUAUCGCUUUUUCCUCCGGGAAUUUGAGGGUACAGAAGCCAAUGAGGCAAUUGAUUGUGUGUGAGGCUGCUGCUCCCACGAAAAAAGCCGAUUCAGCUGCCAAGAGAGCUCGCCAAGCCGAGAAGAGGCGUCUUUACAACAAAUCUAAGAAAUCUGAAGCCCGUACUCGAAUGAAGAAGGUUUUGGAAGCACUCGAGGGGCUCAAGAAGAAAGCAGACGCGCAACCUGAUGAGAUUGUAACAGUGGAGAAACUGAUAGGAGAGGCUUAUUCUGCAAUAGACAAAGCGGUGAAGGUUAGAGCGCUACACAAGAACACUGGUGCGCGUAGGAAGUCUCGGUUGGCUAGGAGGAAAAAAGCCGUCGAGAUCCACCACGGUUGGUACGUCCCAGACACAGCAGUAGCUGCAGCAGCAGAAGCUGUGACCAUGGCUGCGUAAGAACUUGGACAGAGAUAAAUGGGAAUUUGUUUUUUGUUAUAAGAUCAUGUGGAAGAAGAUGUGAAAAUUGCUUUCAAUAUCAAAUCUGUUUCUUCAUGUAUAAUUCAGUCGCUUUCAGACUCUUCUUUUGUACUGUUGGGUCUAAGCUUUUUGUCUUCUUCUUUC